CUACAAGCGACAGCGGGCAGACCGCCAUCGUUCUCGCGAGAUCGUCGGCUCGAAAUGAAGCUGUACGUUUUCCUGGCACUUCUAGCCACCGCACUUGCGGAUACAAAGUUCGAGACACGGUGCACACAGAAGCCGAAAGUCGGGCCAUGCAUAGCUAAGCUGCGGAGGUGGUGGUUCAACGUGGAGACAGGUAAAUGCGAAAUGUUCAACUACGGAGGCUGUCGUGGCAACGAGAACAGAUACCUGUCACAGAAGGAAUGCAAAAUGACAUGCAUGACUCCAAGCGCACUGGCACACCUUUACCGAUCGGGGAGUGCAGCUUCUGUAACGCCAGCAGUUCAAGUGGCACACACGAAAAGCGAGGAUGCGCUCCUACGUGCCUCUGUGUGCAGCAGACCAGCCCAUCGUGGCCCAUGCACGCGUAUUCUCAGUCGCACCUACUACGACCAGAAGACCGGGACGUGUCUUCCCUUCAGCUACGGAGGUUGCGGGAGCAACAACAACAACUUCUGGUCCGUUGAAGAUUGCAUGCGCUUCUGUGGGUCUGUGAAAUCUGGACAGAAAGUCGAUGCCUCGACGAGUAUAGGAAAAUAGGAACAAGCGUUCUGUGAACAUCAAGAUACAGGUCAAGUUGAGUGUUAAGCCGGCAAAUCAAAUUUAUUUAACAGUUCCACCAGGCAAUUACAGAGUAAUGGUUAUUAGGGACCGUAAUGUGCAACCUAAAGGGACACUAAAGGCAAAUAAUUUAUGCCAGGUGAAAGCUCAGUGUACGACAACGUCUAAAACGGGAAUAUUAUAAACAGCAGUGCCCUAGUUACCGAGAAAUUAAGCUAAAUGUAUCGCACGACGUGCGCCACGAGUGGCACAGUUUGGAAAUGAUCCCGAUGACGUGCGAGCGUCCGACUACAAUUAUUCACUGGUAAUCA